UUCACACAAUCGGAGCUGUCCUCCACUGCAACUCAAGACCAGCCAGACGAUCCGAUCCAAGGUUGCCGUCACACAACACCUCUUUCCUGUUGACCCACCUGAGACAGCGCCAGCAGCCAUGGUUCUGGAAGAGAGCGAGUGCGACUCUGUGUUCGAGCCCCACAUCAACGAGGAGCACAUCGACACUCCAUAUGGGAAGGUCCACACCAUCAUGAUGGGAGUACCGAGAGCAAACCGCCCGGUCAUCCUGACGUACCACGACAUCGGGCUGAACCACAAGUCGUGUUUCGAGACUCUGUUCAGCCACGAGGACAUGCAGGAGAUCAUCAGACACUUCCCAGUGUGUCAUGUUGAAGCCCCUGGCCAACACGAGGGAGCCAAAACACUUCCAACCGGGUUCACCUACCCCACCAUGGAUCAGCUGUCUGAGGCACUUCCUUCUGUCCUGAAGCAUUAUGGUUUGAAAAGUGUUAUUGGACUCGGGGUCGGCGCAGGUGCUUGGAUCUUGGCCAACUUUGCACUCAACCACCCAGACCUGGUGGACGGUUUAGUUCUGGUCAACAUCAACCCCAAAGCUGAAGGACUGAUCGACUCAUUUGCCAACAAGAUCACUGAAUGGACCCACACUCUUCCCGACACAGUCAUCACCCACUUAUUUGGGAAGGAGGAGAUCCAAAAUAACCACGACCUCAUCGCCACAUAUCGCCACCACAUCACAGCAACCAUGAACCAGGCCAAUGUGGUUCAGUUUGUCCGCUCGUACAACAGUCGCAGCAUGUUGGCGGUGGAAAGGCCUGUUCCUAAUGGCAACAUCAACGCCAGGACUCUGAAGUGCUCCACUCUGCUGGUCGUUGGAGACAACUCUCCUGCUGUGGAUGCAGUGGUGGACUGUAACUCCAAACUCAACCCAACAAAGACAACUCUACUGAAGAUGGCCGACUGUGGAGGACUACCUCAGGUGGAUCAGCCUGCCAAAGUGAUUGAAGCCUUCAAAUACUUCAUCCAAGGCCUGGGAUACUUAUCGAGUGCCAGCAUGACUAGACUUCGCUCCCGAACAACCUCUAGCUCCAGCAUCUCCUCCUUCGAUGGCUCAAGGAGCCGCGCACACACCAACGAGCUGCAGCGAGGCCGCAUACACUCCCAUGGCAUGGAGGAGAAGCGUGGCCGUUCGCACACAGACGUCUCCAUGGAGAGCAUUUCCAACCAACACAUGGAGCGCAACAUCUCAAAGUCCACUGAGAUGGCCUGCUAGAAAACUCAUCCUCUGCAUGCACUUUCCUGUCAUGCCCUUUGACGUGCACCAACUCAACGUGACCCUGCACUCUUCCAUCAUGUAUUCAGUCUGUCAGUAGUCUUCCCAGUAUCUAUCCAAAAAUACACGUUUAUGUACAUUCCAGUGUUAUAUCUUAGGGAUGUGUGUAUAUACUCCCACACACUAGCAUGAUGAAGACAUUAUUACUAGAUAGAGGACUUAUUUAUACCACUGAAUAAACAUUCAUCCAUAAA